GGCUUGUCCUAGAUGGGAAGGACUAUGUGCUAUGUAGAAUGCCUAGCUCUUUAAAAUUGCGCUCCUCACUGUGGCCACUCUUUCCCUCAUGCUCGCUGCGGCUUUGAUCUCUUAACAACAGUAACGUCAUUGCUCAAGCACUGAAGGGGAGUUUUUAUCGGGAAGGGCAGAGUCUGGUUACCUCUAGAGGGCUUCGACGGCAGUAGCUGCAGGCAGCAUCCACGGAACUUCUACGAGGAGCGCACAGUCGGUCUCUAUCAGCCCCCAAACUUCAGCGAUUGUCUUAGGAAUGGAACACCAGCUUCUUUGCUGCGAAGUGGAGACUAUUAGGAGAGCAUACCAAGAUUCGAAUUUGCUCAAUGACAGAGUUCUGCAAGCAAUGCUCAAAGCUGAAGACAAUUACCUUCCUGCCACGAACUACUUAAAAUGUGUUCAAAAAGAAAUUGUGCCUUACAUGAGGAGAAUUGUUGCCACAUGGAUGCUUGAGGUCUGUGAAGAGCAGAAAUGCGAAGAGGAGGUUUUUCCCUUGGCUAUGAAUUACUUGGACAGAUUUUUGUCUGUUGAGCCGACAAAGAAAACAAGAUUACAGUUAUUGGGAGCCACUUGCAUGUUUUUGGCAUCAAAAAUGAAGGAAACCAUUCCUUUAACAGCUGAGAAGUUGUGUAUAUACACCGACAAUUCAAUCCGACCUGGGGAGUUACUGCAAAUGGAGCUACUUGUGCUGAACAAGCUGAAAUGGGAUCUAGCAUCAGUCACUCCACACGAUUUCAUUGAACAUUUCCUCUCCAAACUUCCCAUUCAUCAGGACACCAAGAAAAUCCUUCGCAAACAUGCUCAGACCUUUGUGGCCCUCUGUGCUACAGACGUUAAGUUCAUCGCUAACCCGCCCUCCAUGAUUGCUGCUGGGAGUGUGGCGGCGGCCGUACAGGGUCUCCAUCUGAAGAGCCUGGAUGCUUCUCUCUCCUCCCAGAACCUCACAGAGCUGCUGUCACAGGUCAUCAAGAGUGAUCCGGACUGCCUACGGGCCUGUCAGGAGCAGAUUGAGUCCCUACUAGAGACCAGCCUUCGCCAGGCCCAGCAGCACGCCGUGUCCCCAGAGACCAAGACCAUGGAGGAGGAGGUGGACCUCUCCUGCACCCCGACGGACGUGCGGGACGUGAACAUAUGAGCGAAGGGCCGAGCGAAGUUUCGGCGAGAGGCUUUUCAGGAUGUGAGGGAGAGACGGAGGAGGAUGAUGCUUUUGCGAUCACUCGGCACCCCUGUACUCCCACGGACACUCUAGUGCUCGCAGCAUAGUGCUUGACCCCCCCACCCCCACCCCUCCCCACACACACACACACACACACACACCCAAGCCCCCCAUUGAGAAAACGCCUGGGGGCCAAGAGAAGGGAUCAAUGCUUUGCUUACAUGCGGUCACUUUGACUCUUUUCCCCUCAAUACAGUUUAUGGAAACAUGAAUUGGGCAAAUUCCAUUGACUAUUAUUGUGAAAAAAAAAAAAACAAUCUUGAGAGAACUACCGAGAUAGAAUGUCUGCCAAACAAAUUUGCGUCAUGAAAUCAUAUGUGUGGUGUAGACCUUUUGUUUAGAAUCGGGAUGCACAGAAAUGAUUUUCCAAAUUCAAAAAGAUAACAUAACUUAAAGUUUACUGAGGACGUUGGUCCAAUGAUAAGAUAUUUUUUGAAGAGUCAGAGGCCUUAUAGUUUUGGCAUUUGUUCCAUUCAGGCCAAGGCAAAGGUCUCCAUCUGCAUUAAACCAAACAGAAGGGUGUCAACUGGACAGAUAUCCAAUGUAGUGAGAAUGUUACCUAUGCGUUGACAUCCUGAUUGUCAUCACUACAUUACAUUUUCAAAUUUGAAGGCUGUAAAUUGGUGUAGUGAUCCAAACAGCUAAAACCUUUUGUAUGAUGAUGACAAUAGGCACACUAUUGGGGUUCAGUUGAUCAGAAAUGGACGAAUUAGUGCAGGUGUAUUGUGCACAGUAUGCAGAGUACCUUUUAAAGACCAUUUAAAAUAUGCUCAUGAUUGCAAACCUCCUCUCAAAGGGUAACCCAGUCGUCCAUGUACUAUGCUGUCUUAUUGUUUUCUAAAACCAUUCCACCUAAAAGCACUUUCAGUCAAUAAUGCAUUACUGACUAUUUUGAAUACAGCAUAGGAAACCAGUACAUGGAAUGGUGGAAAAUAAUGGCAAUUUGCAAUGCAGAGCGAAUCUAACCCCCUGUGGUUUCAGGAAAGGCAUGAUGAUGAUGAUGAUGUUUUUGAAAACUGCCUGUCCAGCUCUAGGGAGUGCGACUCAGCAUCUAUAUCCGCAUAUUCAAAAACAAACAAAAAAAAAGCUAUCUGGGUCAUGAUCAGACAUGAUGAUGACCUCACAGUGUACAUUGUUUCGCGUUUCAUGACACAUGUUCAUGACCGUUGCAUUCUCUGUUGCUUGAAUUGCAUCUGAAGCAUAUUGAAACACUAGAAUAAUGUAAUUUAUAGUUAUAUUAAGCAUUAAUGACUAUUUAUUGCAAAACAUAUUCUCUUUUCAAGGCCAGUGUGGAUUAUGACAGAAUGGUUAGUCUCUAUGAUUAUUUAAACCUGUUCGGUGCACAAUUGCUAACAAACUAGUCAUAGAUAGAGUUGUUGACGUAUUGCAAUAAGUACUCAGUUGUAUGGCCUCAGAAAGAGUCUUUUUUCUCUCACUUUUUUUUUAAAACAGUAAAACCAUGAUGAAUCAGUGUACAUCGGAAAUUCAAAGAGGAAAAAUGACUUGUUGAAGUGUUACCCAUUUUUCAACUGUACAAUUGAUAAGGUUAUUAGAUGAUUUUGCACAAACUCAAAGAUGUCUGCUGCCAUCCAUCGGAGAGCAGUACAAGAUACAAUUUGUGGGAAAUAACUGAAAAAUGAGUUGCUGAGGGAGAAUCGAACCGAUGGCAUGAAGUAAGAGAAGAAGUGCCGAAUCAUUGAGUGAUUGUACAGUUAAAAAGCAAGAAAGGUGGAACGAACACUCCUUAUACUGAGCUGCUAUGGAGGUAUUCCCAGCAAAUAUUGAUGACUUUAAAAAAAAAAAAUGAAAAAAAAAGAAAAAAGAAAAAUGCUUUUUUCUCUUAUAAAACUGUUUGCUGCUAUUUUGUGAAUAUGUUUUUAUUACAGUGUCAAUAUACUGCCAUGUAAUAGGUUUUAAUUUUCUCAUAGAAAAUGAUAUUAUUGACAUCGUUGUUUUGUAGUGUAUUUUUAUGUGAUAUGCGUUUUUUUCCUAAAUGUGAUAUGCGCGCUAUUCCAAAAAAAAAGGAAAAAAGAAAGAAAGAAAAAUAGAAAAAGUUCCUGUUUUUUUCCACUAUACCUCAUGACUAUUUACAGGAUUUUUGUUCAUUUAGUCCAGGUUUUCCUUUCCUCCUGACUUUUUCUUUUGUCAGUUUAUUUCCAUGUAGAUGUUUUAAAAAGGAGCUAAAUGAAAACCAUGUAUCCGAAUGGGUCCUGCAGGGAGGUGGUUGAGGCAGAGUGUAAUUGGUGCCAUUGAUUAUUGAACUCUUCGAGUUGUUAACUGUUUCAUUGAAAGAGACUGUAAUGCCCCAUUAGGCCAAUGAUGGCCCCUGUAAAUAUUUAUAAAGUUUUUUUCUGUUUUGUACAAAUUGAAAAUAUAUAUUAUAGAUUUUUUUAAAUGGCAGGUCUUCUCGUGAAGCCAUAGUUUUUGGUUUUCCUGGUAAUUCUACAACACCAUCCUUAUUUGAAUGUACUUCGAGUACUCAGUUUGUAAUGACAGAUAUUUGGCAAUUUUCAAUCAAGUGUAUCUACUGCACAAUAAACAGAAACACAAUAUGACCAAGAGUAUUGCAUUCUCUCUCCCAAACUAAAACCAAACGUUGAGUAGACCGCUAGAAUUGGCUUUUAUUUUGACAUCCAAUUGAAUGUAAUAUUCAGGAAGCGAAAGUGAUACUGAAGCCUUGAGCACAUGAUCACUAUAGCCCCGCCCCCAACCUCAAUUAGCCAAAGUGUCCCUCCCAGAUCCCUUAAACAGCGCUGCUAUUCAGACCACAUGCAGUCAGGUUGGCCCAGAGGUCAGAGUUCAGAAUCUUUUUCUUUUGUGCUGCUUGCAAACCCAGGACCCAGGAGGAUGAGUCAUUUGUGUUCUAUCACGACCAGCAAUGAUUUUCUUUUGUUUUUCUUUGUUUGUUUGUUUGUUUUUUUUGUUUUUUUUGUUUUUUUUUACCUCAGAGACAUCUGCAUGACUUCACUGAUGAAAGAAACCCAUUCAGUUUCUCGCUCAUGUCUCUGGAGUAGAGGUGAUUGGUUGUCAGGCUUUGAUUUGCUUGAGUGUCGGGCGUGUCUUACAUGGUGAUAUCAUGUUGGAUACUGUACAGACUGCUUUUGUCAUUGAAGAUGGUAGUCAUAAGCUAAUGGGGAUACAGACAGGCCAACUGUAAAGAUUGCUUUGUGAUUUUCUGACUUUGGUUUGGUCUGAAAUGCACAUUACUCCAAAUUUGUGCGCAAUACAGUAUGUUUAAAACAUCAUUUUAAGGUAAAAUAAAAUGGAAAUAAUAAAACUUAA